CACGUGGUCCGCAGGAGGUAAAGCUGAACAGUGACAAAUAAUUUCUGACCUGCUUAACGGCAGGAAUUGGACUGGCUGUGUUCCCAGUCGUUAUUUCAUAUCUCCAAUUAUGCUGGGAGAGGACUUUGAGUCUUUUCGAGGUCCAUACCACAGAUAAACGCCGGUACAAUGGCAUCCCCCUCAGCAAAAGAACUCGGCGCAGUCGGCCCUGUUGAGGGGACUUUAGGGGGAAUGCCUGGGGCCCGACUACCUCCUCGACCGCAUCACCCGUCCCCAUCGACUGCAGUGCCAUCGCCAGGAUCUCUGAUGGUGGAAUCGGUGGACGAUGCCGAGGGUCUCUAUGUGGCUGUUGAGCGGUGCCCUCUCUGUAACACAGCUCGACGUAGACUGACCUGUGCCCGAUGUAUUCAGAGUGGCGAUUUUAUUUACUUUGACGGUAGAAAUCCUGAACGUUACAAGGAAAAAUUGGAAAGACUAAAAGCGCUCAAAGAUGAAAAAGAAAAUCUUCAACAAAGAGUUAUCCAAGCCAUGGACAAGAAGAUUCAGGCAGACCAGCUUAAAUGGAAGAUCAUGUCCUGCAAGAUGAAGAUCGAACAGAUGAAAGAGGUCAUAUCUAAUGGAAACGAGGAAGUAAAGAGUGGUAAAGACCUGCUGGUGCGCUCGCAGGAGGAGAGCCAGCGACUGCAGCGACGGGCCAGCCGGCACCAGGAGAAGCGGGACAAGAUCGAGCGGCACAACCGGCGGCUGGCUGAGCUGCUGGAGAGGCGGGGCCGCGAGCUACAGGGCCGGCUGGAGGCGCUGGCCGAGGUGCGGCGGGGGCACAUCCUGGAGCUCAUCACACACAUCUUCUCCAUGCAGGAGGAGAAGCAGGGCAGCAGAGACCCGGCCGACGUGGCUGCAGAGAGUGACCUUACCCUGACCUCCAGCACGGUGAGCGAGCUGGCAGAGGCGCGCCGGACCACCUACCUGUCCGGCCGCUGGAUCUGGGACGACCAGAACGGAGAGACCAGCAUCAGCAUCACCGGCCCCCACGUCACGCUGCCCAGCAACGGAGACUGUUCCGCCUACUACAGCUGGGUGGAGGAGAAGAGCACUACCCAAGGCCCAGAGCUGGAUCACAUUAACCCCGCCCACACCAUCAGCGCUGCCCUGUGCUACGCCACCCAGCUGGCCAACAUCCUGUCCCACAUUCUGGACGUCAACCUGCCCAAGAAACUGUGCAACAGCGAGUUCUGUGGUGACAACUUGAGCCGCUACAGAUUCACACGGGCCCUCACCAAACUCAACACCAACAUCCUGCAUCUCUGUUUCUCCCAGCACGUCGAAAGUGAUCUCCUGCAUCCUCAUCACACCCUGAGGAAUAUCAUGUUUCUGGUCUCCCCUGAAAACAAAAACCUCGGCAGGACGGGUCCGUUUGAGGCCAGCGCUGACCUGGAGGAGUCCAUGGAGUUCGUGGAGCCGGAGGCGGCCGGGCCGGCCGAGGAGAGUGGCGACGAGGCGCCCAGCGACGAGGAGACGGACCUGGGCACGGACUGGGAGACGGUGCCCAGCCCGCGCUUCUGCGACAUCCCCUCGCAGCCCAUGGAACUCUCGCAGAGCACGGCCAUGCAGGCGUCCCAGCCGGCGGGCAACGCCGGGGGCAUGAUCUCCUCGGCCGCCGCCUCCGUCACCUCCUGGUUUCGCGCCUACACCGGCCAGCGCUGACCGGAGCCGGAGGGGGUCACCGAAUCAGCUGAUGCUGUAGCUAUGCAAAAAAAAGAGAGAAAAUACUCUUAAAAAAAAAAAAAAAAAUACUACAAAAAAGACCACACACUUCUGUGUUGCGUUGCUAUCUUUAUCUGUCUGUCAGCCUCUCUUUCUCUUCUGCUGUCAGCUUGCACACUGGGAGGAAAGAAUGACACACAGGCCAAUGAUUUAAAACGGAAAAAAGGGAUGUCUUGUUUUUAACUGAGAUCGCAUGUUCAUGUGUGGCAAGACGGAGCUUGUGUUUUUUUUUUGGUUUUUUUUCAAAAAUACCGACUGAGAUGGUUCUCACCACGGUUCGUCUGACACAAAAAUGAGUGUCAGUGUCAGGCUGAGGCUGUACAAAGAAGCAUGCGAAAGAAAGACUGGAGUUGUCAUGACUGGAUGCCGAGAAAUGGUCACAGGAGUUUGUUGGCCCCCUUUGCAUUCUUCUCACCACAGCUGUCAGCCCUCGACUCCUCUUUCUCCUCUCUUGAGUUCUCAUCAGUCGGCAGCUGAGCGGAGACAAUGCCUGCUAUACCACAGACCCAACCCUAGAGGCUGAGGGAACGCAGGACUUCUCGAGCUGUGAGAGGACAAGACUGCUCAACUUUCAGCCCAUUUCUCACAGUCCUUACUGUACGACAUCUGUUUUGAGGCUGGAUGGAAACAAAUGGAGUGGCUUUUUUUUUUUUUUUUAAGAUUAAAUGGUGUGUGUGUGUAUGUGUGUGCGUGCGUGUGUGCGUGUGUGUGUGUGUGUGUGUGUGUGUGUGUGUGCGCGCGGGGGCACGUAUGUAUGUUGGCUUGCAUUUGUGUCACCUGACAGGAUGUCAAGCAUAGGAAGCUUGCCCAGAGGGGUAAAGACAGAUCGUCUCUUAGAGAUGCGCCCCUCAACUUAUGACUCUUACGCAUCAACAGCUUUACUCUUCUAUUGACCUACCACUACUGAAUGUUCGGAGAAGUAAACGGCCGCUGUCGGAUCACCGACAAGUGGACAUGAGCACCUUUGGUUAUUUGAGAUGUGACUUGGAAAAGACAAAAAACUGACAGUAGGACAUCAGUACAGUAUCCACUAUGCCAGCAGAUGUCAUCUUAUGUCACACUUGUUUCUUUUAGUGGUCUUAGUUAAUGUGUGAGUUUCUUAACUGUUGAAUACAGCAUAUUCAGAUGUCAUGUCCAUGUCACUAUGGAAAGCUAUAUUGUACUUUUGUGUGACUGUGUGCAAAGACCUACAUCUCAGACUAGGAAGCCUGAUUUAUUUUUUAAGGGUUGAGGGUUUGAUUGAUAUAGAUCUGUCCAUAUAAAUGGCAGGCAUUAUGAGGUAAUGUCAUGGUUAAGUCUUUGUUGCCAUAAAAAAAUGAGAACCUUACAUGCACUGGUUGUACUUUGUUGCUAACAGGAUGUCAAAUGGCCUACUACACUGUACUGUUUGUCAGGCGUGGGUGAGUUUGUUUCCCAUAUUCAGUAUAGUUUAUUUUCUUUUUGUAAUGUUACAACACCACAGCGCCGCAGUGUUGACCUCCAUUUUGGACUGAUGUUUUGAUUUUCCACACUCCUCAAUAAAAAAAAGCCUGGAGAUUUGA